AAUAGUAAGCAGUUACGCGCCAACCACCGCGUGAAGUGCAUGGACGCGCUCUAAAGAUAAAAAAGUUUAAGGAAAUGUCUAUGAAAAAACAUUAAUAAAAGUUAGUUAAUCUCGUGCAUCACAAAAAAAAAUGGAGUUUUUAACGCAGCUGAUAGCAACGUUAGCAGUGGUGUCGCUCACGGGUUGCAGCGUGGCGCGUACGAACAAGGACGGUACAUUUGAGCUGCUGAUCCUGCACAACAAUGACAUGCACGCCAAGUUCGAACAGACCUCGCAACUGAGCGGAGUGUGUACCGAAGCCGACAUGAAUGCAGGAAAAUGCUACGGAGGUUUCGCGAGGGUCGCUUACCUGGUAAAGCAGGCACGCAAAGCAGCUCAGACAGGCGAAGGCCCUCCGGUGCUGUAUCUCAACGCUGGUGACACGUACACGGGCUCGCCCUGGUUCGCCCAGUACAAAUGGAAAAUAGCUGCAGAGUUCAUCAACGCUCUUCAACCGGAUGCUGUGUCACUCGGAAACCACGAAUUCGACGACGGCGUGGAAGGAGUAAUACCAUUCAUCAGGAAUGUGACGAUGCCAGUUUUAGCUGCAAACCUUAUACUGACCAAAGUUCCUGAACUUAAACAAGAGCCAAAUUUACGUAAUACAAUAAUCAUAACGAUAAACAACAUUCAAAUUGGUAUUAUAGGAUACCUAACACCAGACACCAAAUUUAUGGCGCAGCAUAACGAUGUUGAAUACGAGGAUGAAGUAGUGGCCAUAAGACGUGAAGUAAAAAAACUAAAAGAAGAAAACGUAAAGAUCAUCAUCGCCUUGGGACAUUCGGGACUUACUAAGGAUUUGCAAAUAGCUAAAGAGGUUGAUGAUUUGGAUUUAGUCAUAGGAGGUCAUUCAAAUACAUUUCUUUCUAAUGAAAAAACAUCAGAAAUACCCGAAGUAUCUAAAGGGCCAUACCCCAUGAUAGUAAAGCAAAGAUCUGGAAGGCUAGUUAGAGUUGUACAAGCCUAUGCAUUCACAAAAUAUUUAGGAAACUUACAUAUCAUAUUCGACAACAAUGGAGAAAUAAUCCGAAGCGAUGGUAAUCCUGUUCUACUGAAUCAGAGGGUUCCGGAAGACCCGGAUGUUUUGAAACUGGUCAAUCAAUACCGUAAAGUUUCUGAGGAGAAAAGACUACACGACGUUGUUGGGAAAUCAAUGGUACAGUUAGAUGGCGAACAAUGUCGCGUUAGGGAAUGCAAUAUUGGUAAUCUAAUAGCGACGGCAGCUUUAAAUUACACUAAAGAAUACCAUCAAAGAGAAUACCCUAAUGUAAAUAUCGCUGUGAUACAAGGAGGAAAGAUUCGAGGUUCCAUAGUGCAGAAAGAGAAACCGUUUGUUAUAAGGAUCGACGAUUGGUUAACAGCAUUUCCAUUUACUGACAAUUUAACUAUCUUAUCAAUGAACGGUAGUACGUUACGUCGAGCAUUAGAACAUUCGGUAACGAAUUGGACAACUAUAGAUAGUCCCGGGCAGUUCCUUCAAUUUGAUGGCAUGGAAGUGGUCUACGACUUAUCCAAACCAAACGGGCACAGAGUAGUAAAAGCUAAAGCAAUUUGUUCGAAUUGCGGACAGUAUAAACCGGUCGAUAUUAAAGAUUAUUAUGAAUACGAAAUUUUGAUUGGCCAAUUCUUGGCGGACGGCGGAGACGGAUUCUCGAUUUUCAGUACGCUACCGAGAAAAGAUCUUCCUUACAAUGAAAUUUACUGUAUUCUAAACUACACAAGGAAGUAUAGUCCGCUCAAUCCCAAAUUAACAGGCCGCAUUGUACUAUUAAAUGAAGAAACUAUAGAAAACCAAUUACCUUCAUCAGUUUCUCGGUUACUUGAACAUAGUUUAAUGAUAUACUUCUGUGUAUUCAUUUUGUGCAUACGUCAAUAUGUAUUUACAAAAAUUUUAGAUUAAUGUAGAUAAUUCUUAAAAUAGUAUAUAUUAUUAGUUCGAAAUGAUACAUAGUAUCAGUUUAAUGACAUGUGAGAUUAAGUAAUUAAUAAAUUUAUCUAGUUUAAUGAUACUUGUUUUAAUAACACAAGGUAACGGUAAGUCCCACUUUUCUCAUAUUCAAUACUUAUACUUACCUAUGACCAUACAUAAAUACCAAGAUCGUCUUUUAUUUCUUCAUAGUGAAAAUUAAUACAAAAACUUCAUUUUGACGAAAUUGGCUUCUUGCCCAGAACAGUUAUUAAUCUACGUCGGCACAUACUAAAAGAGGCGUUUGACUGAGUCACUGAUUCUUAGAAAGAAUAAUUAAAAAAUAAACUAUUCGAUUUUAUAUUUUAAUAUUAGUACAAAAUACAAAACAGACGAUAAUUAAAAAAAACCAUUAGGCACAUAAAAUACUAAAGCAAGGCACGAUAUCUCUUCCUUAGGUAUAGUAGUUAAAGAAUUUCCCCAAAACUAGAUAAGAUAGUACUGGCAUAUUAAACAUAUUUUUGUGAUUAUUCCAGUAUCAAAGGGUGAUAAUUAAAAUACUGGGGGUUAGGAGACCGCUUCCGAAAACGAAGACAGACGAUAAAACUAAUGACACCUUUGAUGACGGGACGGAAAAAAUGGAUUCCGAUUUAAAAUCAAAAAAAAAAAAUCAUAAGGUUUUAUUAGCAUAAUUUACGCUCCAUAAUGUUGGUACAGCUAAAUAAAACGAUAGUUUCAUUAAAAAUAGAUUACUUUACUAAAAAAGAAAACCAGCAAUGAAACACAAAA